AUUUAAACUCCCAGCUGGCUCUGCUCCAACGCAUGUAUAAGGAUGCGCGAGCAGAGAUAAGCGUGCUAAGGGCAGAAAACAAAGAGCUGAAGCGGAAGGCCACCGUGAUGUUCCGAUUUGGAGGUCCACCAUAUGCUGCAGUGGAGAAGUAUGGGGGAGUGAACGUGCUCGGCGGACAAGGAAAUACGGAGACCGGACUGGCACGGGACACCCAAGAUAAAAGUAAGAAGAAGAGACCUGCAGUAGAAUAGAGAAGGGAAAAGAAAAAUCCCACUGUGGGUGUGGUUGUUUUGUUUGUAUUUUUUUUUUUUUGUGUGUGUGUGUAAAAUGAUGAUCGGGGUGAGGCCCGAUAUGAAGAAAAUGAGUUUGCAGU